UGACAUUUUAUAUCGGCGAUUUUCGGCCUGUCAAAGUACAUGCUCUAAAAUGUUUCAGUAAAUCAUAUAUAGGCUCUUAUGUGUGUCUUGGUUUUCAGUCACAUUGCCAAUUCGGAGCCGCUCUGACCGAUUCGGUCGUGAAUGAGUCGUUCAAACUGUGAACUGGGUUCAGGAAUCGGACAUCGCUACAGAACACCGCCACAGUGUGAUUCUUUCAUAUAUCAUUUCGCGAACGGUGCUUUAUUUCGCACGAGAUGACUGUUGGAGCAGAGUCGAAUUAACCGUAGAAUUGUGUAGAACGGAAUUUCAUAUCAAACCGGCAGUUUUUGUUGGGAGGGACGUUUCUCAUCAUGGCUGAGCAUUUAUCCCAGAGUGAACUGGACUAUCCUUUUAAGCUUUUGGAAUAUUUCAAUGGAUUCAGGAUCUCCAAGGCAAUAUUUUCAGCUUGUGAGUUAGGGGUGUUCGACCUCCUCCUCCAAUCCCAAAAGCCCAUGAGCGCAGUAGAAGUGGCACAGAAGCUUGGCACCAGUGAAGACGGUAUAGAGCGUUUACUGGGUGUUUUGGUUGCCAUUGAGAUUGUGGAUGUGGAGGUUGUACAGGGAACAGCUUUUUACAGCAGUACAGAUGUUGCUAAUCUAUACCUGGCCAAGACCAGCCCCAAAUCUCUACAUGAUUUAAUCAUUUAUAACUCUCAGACCAUCUACCCACUCUGGAACAAUCUUGUAGAUGCUGUUAGGGAAGGAAAGAACCAGAAUGAGAAAACGUUUGGCCUCCCAUCUGAAGAGAUCUUCUCUGCCAUAUACAGGUCAGAAGAGGAGAUGCUGAAGUUCAUGGGUCUGAUGAACUCUACAUGGGUCAUUGACGGUCAUGACAUAGUGACAGCAUUUGAUCUUUCUAGCUUCAAGACCGUCAUAGAUCUGGGAGGCUGCUCUGGUGCAUUAGCGCGAGAGCUGGCUAAAGAGUAUCCUUCCUCCACUGUCACGGUUCUGGAUCUCCCGGCUGUGGUCCAGACUGCUCAGCGGCAUUUCACCCAGCAAGACGACACCAUCUGUUUUCAAGAGGGGGACUUUUUUGAGGGAGAAAUCCCUCCGGCAGAUUUAUACAUUCUUGCCCGGAUCAUUCAUGACUGGAAGGAGGACAAAAAUCUCAAACUACUGAAGAAGAUUCAUACAGCAUGUCAUCCAGGUGGAGGCGUUCUGAUCGCAGAGGCACUGUUAUUCGAGAACCGCCGGGGUCCAACUAUGGUUCAGAUGUUUUCUCUGAAUAUGUUGGUCCAGACAGAAGGGAAGGAACAUCCACCCUCUCAUUAUACACGGCUGCUCACCGACGCAGGAUUCAGAGACGUGCAAGUCUGUCGGACCGGAAAAUCGUACGAUGCUAUUUUGGCUCUCAAAUGAAUAUGCACAAGUGUGUUGUAAGCGUCGUCAGUAAUCAGACCCCUUCUGCCUUAUCUGCAGACACGUCAGUGAUCAUGUUCAUGCACAUGUCAGGCAUCUGUUGUUCCAACACAGAGUGAGCACAGAGUGAUCCUUAUGGUUCCUUCAAAAAACAGUUUUAGUACCAAUUAGGUUUAGUUAUUUGUGAUGUUGACUCCUGAGGCCUACCAGAUGUAGUCUAAGAAGGGGUGGGAUGAGGAGCUGUUUUGGAUUGGCCAGUGAUGUCAAAAUAAGCUCCGCCCUCUAUCCAGUCUUGCAUAUCUAUACACUGUGGUGUUGACACAUGGUUAAAUGUGACCCCUAGUGCUUAUUAUAAUUAACAGUAAAAAAAAAAACUAAAAUUUUUAACUAAAAAAUAGUCUGUCUAAGUAUCAAUUCCUAGCCUCAGUUUUAUUUUACUUUACUUAAUUUUAUAAACAUGGUUUUUGUGUCAUAUACAAUUCAUUUACAAACCAUCUACUGAAAAAUAAUGCAUUUUGAUUUUUUUUUUUAUGUUUUGUUUGUGUAUUUUUUGCUAGUAAAAAUCUUGCACCAUGACCUUUUGCCUCACAUUUAUAAUUGUCCACCGAGGAAAAAAAAUAAAAGGAAAUUAUUUUGUUGUGCAUUGAUC